GGUGAGACAAUGGAUGCCAGUGAAAAAGCUGUGACUCCAGAACCCGCCUUUACAGGGAGAAAACAACUCGAACACAUUUUUUCAGAACCAGUGAUAAUCGCCAUUGUUUUUGGAGUGAUGGUUGGUAUCGUUGGGACCAUCCUUUUAUUUGCUUUUUUGAUCAAACGGCUGACAAGGAAAAGUUCAGUGGACAUGCAAUCUACCUUCCUGCCCCACACAGAUGAACCCUUGAGUUCGGUCGCAACCGGUCUGCCAGACAGAAUAGUCGAAGAGAAUGUGUUCACCACGAGCAACGAUGAAGGAACAAAACUCAAAGAAGAUCCCAAAUUAAGCUAGCUAAAAAUAAACAUGUACAUUGGGGACUCGAUAAACUAUGCUGUGUCAUUCCAGGAAGGAAAUCGCAUCAUCAAAAGUUCCAGCGGAUAAAUCAUCAAA